GGCACGUUCGUCGAAGUGCUGUGGUAAAAAAUAAUAAUACUAAAAAAAUGUUAAAUAUGUUGUACUGACUACUUACUACCGAACUUAAUCUAGUCGGUCAGCGUCACUCUCGUACAACACGGUGGUGACGUUUAUAAACUGUUAUAUGUAGGUACUACCUACUGAUCUCAUUAAAAUAUUUUAUUUUUAUGUUGUAGUUGGUUAAUAGGUAGUUUAUCUAUUGUUAUAGUUUUUAGUGUGUUUUAUUUUAAAAUAUUAUUUUGUAAGUAUUUUUAAACAUUAUGUCGACGGCCAAAGGAAAAACAAAUAAAAAACCCAGUACAGUAGCAAACUCGUAUUUGUUUUUGUACAACUUCAUUCAAGUUUUUGGGUAAUGACUAAUGACUUUUACAAAAUAUUACAAAUAGUUAUAAAGCAAAUAGGUACAAUAAUAACAGAAGUCAAUUUUGUAUUUCUUUAUUAGAUGGAGUUAUUUGCUAUUUCAAAUUGUUAACUUUUAUGUUAACCCACCUAAAGAUCAAACUUUAUGGGAUAUUGUCAAGUAUACAGUAGGAAUUUUCCAAAAUGCUGCAUUCAUUGAGGUAUGUAUUGUUUUAUUAAUAAUAUAAUAUCUGUAGUAGAAACUGGUUAUAACAUUAGUGGUGUAAAGAAACCAAUUAAAAAAUAUUUAUUUAAUAACAUAGGGAGUUAAAACAACAAAAAAAAAAUUAUUUUGUUAUUCUACUUCUUGUAUAAACUGAUGUCUCUUAAACAGUUUCUUCUGUAUUAUAAAUCGGUCUUUUAAUAAUGUAAAUUUAUAUUUUAAACAUAAUUCAUAUUAUAGUUAAUAUAAGUUAGGCAACUGUUUAGUAAUACAUAUCAUCAUAAUGAGACCAGUACCCUGACAUGAUUACUUACUUUAAACUUGCUUCUUUUUUUUUUUACUAUCUUAAAAGAUUAAAUGAUUUAAAAUAUAAAAAAUAAUCUAAUUUAAUAAGAUAAAUACUAAACAAACUUUUUGUAGGCAUUGGAGCGUAAAAAAACCAGUUUGGUACCAUGUCAAUAUCACUUCAUGGCAGGUUACCUAUUAUUCAUAAUAUUCACCAUUUUAGGUCAUAUGCAAGGUUAACAACAUUACUAAUUGUGUUAUUCAAAUAAAUACCUGUCUACUGUGAUAAUGUAAUUUUUAACAAAUAUUUAUCCUUUUACAACAGGUUUUUUAAUACUUGUUUUAUGUAAUGUUUGAUUGUUGUUUGACCUAUUCUGAAUUAAUUUAUCAAACAAAAUUUAUCAUGAAUAUCUCUUACAAAAUACUUUAUAAUUUUGUCAUUACUGCUUUUAAAAAGUAGGUAAUAAUAGUCCUUAUAAAAUAUAUAGUGACAGUAUUCAGAUGAUAUCAAAGAUACUUUAUGCUCCAUUCUACCAUUUCAUACACACUUGUAAAUUAUAUGAGUAAAAUUUAUUAAUUUAUCUAUUAAUUAUGUAUAUAUGAAUCCAAUUAAGUUGAAUUUUAUUUUUAUUUUUUAAACAUGCCAUUUCAGUAUAUAAUAACAACAAUAAUUUGAUUACAUCCUGCCAACUAGAUUAAAAGUAAUGAUACCUUGAUAUAAUAAGGCAGCACAUUUAUAUGUUUUAGAAAACAACCAAAUAAAUAAACAAAAUAACUCACGCUAUGCACAAAAAAAAGAAAAAACCAAAGUAGUGCAAAAAUAUUAAAAUAUGUUUUUGAAAACUUUAAAUAAGUAUAUUUUAUAAAUUAUGCUUCCAUAUUUAUGUAUUUCAACUAUAUAUAAAUCCGUUCUCUACUUAUUAUAUUAAUAUUGUUUUAGAUAAUCAAUGUGGCAAUUGGUUUGGUAAAAAGUAAUUUAGCAGUUACUAUUCAACAAGUAUUGUCUAGAGUGGCAAUUGUUGCUGCUAUUGCAUUUAUACCAGAAACCUCCAACUCGCCAGGUUUGCCAUUGGCCUUGACAGCUUGGUGUUUUGCAGAAAUUACGAGAUACUCAUACUACGGAUUCAAUAUUAUUGGUUAUAUCCCUUAUUUAGUUGUUUGGGCAAGGUAAUUUUUUCAAAUAUGAUAAACCCUAUAUAUAUAACAUUAUUGUGUUUAAUAAAUUUGUAACUCCAUAUUUUUAGGUAUACAUUCUUUUAUGUAUUAUAUCCAGUUGGUGUGUCUGGUGAAUUGUUAGUUUACUGGACGUCAUUAGGAUACCUAGGAAAAACAAAAAUGUGGAGCAUUGAAAUGCCCAAUAAAUAUAAUUUUUCAUUUAGCUUAUGGGCAGCAAUUUGUAUAGUAAUGUUGGUUUACAUACCACGUAAGUAUUAUCUAUUAUUAUAAAUCAAUAUAUUUGUAUGUAUUAAAGUUAAAUUAAGUUAUUAUUGAUAUAACUUACAAAUUUAAAUCCUAUCACUUUGUAACAGACUUUAAAAAUGAAAGUGUUUAAGUUGUAUUUAUUUUUUAUGUAUGUUUGUAUACAACUCUGUCAAAUAUUAAUAUGCACUAAUUUGGACUGACACAUUCAGUGACAUCAAAGUUAAUGGAUUUUAAAGAAAGUCAUACAAGUUUAAAAUUUUAUAAAAUCAAUAAAUAUUACAUUUUGUGGUAACAACACAAUUUCCAAAAAUAUUUUGAACAGCAUUUAUAUUCAGACCAUGUGAAAUAUCACACUGGUUGAAACCAAGUUAUAAUUUUAAGAAAAUUUAAUUAGUUCACCUACCAAAAAAUUAUUGAUUAUAUGGACAUACAGAUUUAAAGUUAGAUUGAGUAACAUGAUACUGUUACUCAAUUGCUGUGUAAUGGUCAUUGGUAAAAAGCUGGUGGGGUUUCUUCUCAGACCAAUAACGACAAUUUUGCUUAUUCACAAAUCCAUUAAAAUGAAAAUGUGCUUCAUUAGACAUCAAAACAUUUUGAAUAAAGUUUUCGUUUUUAUACAUCUGGGUUAGCAUUUAGUAAGCAUUCUUAUCUUAAAUUGCUAUUGAGAAAAUUUGUUUUUAAAAUCAGCCAUCCUUUAAAAGUGCCCCAUCCUGUUUAUAUUGUAUAUAUCUCUCUCUCCUUAAAAAUGAUAAUUGUUUUCAAAUAAAAAAAAUUGCCGAUGUAUUAUAAUUAGUUUUCUUAUUUUUAAAUAUUCUUUUGAAUGUACUGUGAAUGUUUGAUCAUUUAUAGAAUUAAUAUUUUUUCAGUUUUUCCUCAAAUGUAUUUGCAUAUGGUAUAUCAAAGAAAGAAAACGCUCAGCAAACUAGAACUGAAAAAAGUACAAAAAAAAGUACAAUAAUUAUUAUUUUAUAUAAAAUAUACAUUAGGUCCGGGUACUCAAUUUUAUUUUGUAAAUUAUGUCAAAUCUUGCCAGAUUUUUUUAUAGACUGUGUUUUAUAAUAAAAUAAAUUAGCAAUUAUAGUUAAAAUAUGAAAUAAAAUAAAAAUUAUUUUUUUUAUUGUUUUCCUAAUAUUUUUAUUUUCCUAAUUUUCAGAAGUUUUUGGAAGACAAUGUCUAGAUCAUCAUCAUCAUCAUUAUUCAUUAUCCAUCUAUUUUUUUCAUGAAUUAUCCAUUAUAUAAAGUUAACCUUAAUAACUAAAUGUUUCAAGUGUAUACUCAUUCAUUAGCCAUUAUCAAUUGCAUACAUCACAUUUUAUAUUUUACUAAACUAUAGAUAACAGGUUAUUUCCAAUUGUCAUUUAAUUCUAUUAUAAUUUAAAUAUUUUAUAAAUUCCAUGAAAAACCAUUUUUAUCUUUAAGUAAUUAUACCUUUAUGAUUGACAAUUUUUUUCCACAUAUGUGGAACUCUAGUUUAAUUUUACUUGCCGAGUAUACUAAUUCAAUAUGACUGAUUCAAAAUUUGACUAAAUAAUAACUAUAAAAUAAAAUCUAUACUAAGUGGUUAGGACUAUAAGAAAUUAUUAUUUUGUUAAGUGUUUAAACUAUUUAAGUCUGUAUUAAUUAUGUUACCAAAUUAUUUGAUUAUUGCAUAGGACAAUUCAGUUAUAACAAAAUAUAAGGAACAUUUUUUAUUGGAUUAAGGUUGUUACAUAAAAUGGAAGAUAAUUUUUCUGACACAAUUCAUUAAUAUUUCAUUAGUUAUAAACAUAAUUUAAAUAUAAGUGAUAUUAAUUGUAUAUAUAUAUAUAUUUUUUUAUGAACAAAAUGUAAAUCAAACAAAAUAUUUUUGUAUAUAAAAAUAAAAACAAAUGUUAAAUAUUUAUCUGGCCCAUAUUUCAAUAAAAAAAAAAUUACUACUAUAACCUGAACACUGUAGAUAAACAAGUUAUUUAUUUUCCUAUAAUAUAGUAGUAGGUAAUAUAAUUUUCAAUGGCAAACAUUGUACAUAGAUACAUACUACAUUGAUUUAAAAUUAAAUGGCAUAAAAAAAAAUUAAUAAAAAUUAAAAUAAUUAUUUAGAGACUUAAAUUGAAUAUUAUAGAAAAUUAAAUUUAUUAUGCAGAUUCAUUAUUAGAUUCAUGACUCUCAUUACGCAAUUUUGUAGCUAUUAUUUUCAACUCUUUAUUCCGUUUUACUAAUUCAACAAUUGACUUUUUAUACAUAUUUUGAUGAGUUUGAUCAAUGGACCAUCUUAAGUACAUAUCUCGCCACAAUUCC